AUUGGUCGGGUGGAUAUGGCGAGAAGCAGGAGGUUGACUGACUGGCAAAUAUAAGUGGGGAUUCUUUGGCGGAGCACAGAACAGACACCGCCAACUUGAAUGAAACGAAAGACGCCUUGAAUCUUAAUUUUCAUCUUUCGAUUCAUCUGCCAAUCUGCCAAAAUUGUGAGUUUCGUCGAGUGGAAUCACUGAGAUUGACGCUGCAAUGCCUGGAAAGGAAGGAGAGAGGGAAACGACCAGCAAUUCAAAACCGCGCUUCGCAACUCCGCUCCCACAAUCGCCUCGCUCGGAUAUCCUCGAGUGGCGGUUCCCAGCGCCCUACUCUCAGUAUGUCUUGACUGGUCGCUCACGAGCAGCCUGGCAUACAUCCUUCGUCAUCCCGCAGCUCAAUCUGCUUCUUGACGCCGGUCUUGUGGUGAACAACCUUCGCCCAAAGCAUAUUUUCUUGACACAUGGCCAUAGCGACCACACGCUACUCACGCCUUGCUUCGUCACCAGGGCUGAUCGGCCAGAUAUUUACUGUCCAAAGGAGAUGGUAUGGGCACUCGAGGCCUUCAUCAGUUCGAAAACCCUCUUGAACAAGGGGGGUCUCAUCACUGCCGAUGACCUUGAGGCUGCUGCAGACUGGAACGAGGACGAAGUCGAUGAGGUUGAGGUUGAGGAUCAUCAGGCUCAGGCACCAAGUCAAAACAAAGGCCAGGCCGGCUCCACGGAUCCCGCACAGGCCGAUAGAGAUUGGGACGGCAAAGGCAUACGCCCAAAGGGCCGGACAUCGUUGGACACACAUGUGAUCCACGGCCUCACCGACGGCGAGACCAUUCCACUGAGACGGGCUCAAACCUUUACGGCGACCGCUUUUGCAUGUGACCACACGGUGCCUUGUCUUGGCUACGUCUUUGGGUUGAAUUCGAGGCGGUUGCGGCCCGAAUAUCGUGAUCUCCCGGGCGCCAAACUCAAGGAGUUGCGGCAGGCCCAAGGCGCCGAGGCCAUCACCGCGCCGCACUUGACGCCACUAUUUGCAUUUCUAGGAGACACGACGGCAGCAACAUUGUCAGUGGGUCCAGACUGGCUCCAGGACGGGAUUCCCGUCGUCAUCACCGAGUGCUCCUUCUUGUUCGAAGAGCAUCGGGCCCAAGCCGAAAAGACCAAGCAUACCCUAUGGGCCGACCUCGAACCUGUAGUACGCCGGUUUCCCCACACUACGUUUGUGCUGGUGCAUUUCAGUAUGAGAUACAGUGAAGACAGCGUCCGGCGCUUCUUUGCCGAGCUGCCGGACCCCCCCGCCAAUAUUGUUGUCUGGGCGGAUGGUGAGGGGGAGGACGACGUGGAAGCAAGCCGUGCAGCCUCGUGAGGGAAGGUUGAUCGGCAACGGGGUGUAAAAGGUUGACACCCUACAUUACGUGCAUGCAUACCCACCUGCCUUGCUACCUCGAGCGCGUGCCUAUCUCUUCUACUCUAGAACUAGUUCUAUCUAGACCUAGAAUUACUUGGGGGCUGUAUGAUAUGGGCCCCCUUAGAACUGGAACUAGGCUUGCUAGGCAGCUAGAACUAGUUCUAGAUACCUAGGCGCGCCUCGCCCAGACUCAGCUUGCCAACUGCAGGCUGGCUGUUUGUUUGAUGUACGUAAAUACCAAUCUGUCAUUGGUAGUGUGUGAUGAGGUCAUACAUUAUUGCCCAUCAUUCCUCUUUGUAUCAGUCGUCGGAACGACACAUUUUCCUGCGGAACUUUUAUUCGUUUUCCAGGGAUCCGAUCUUCCUUGCAUGGGGGAGAAGGCCACCAAUUGGCCCGACAUAAGAUGCUUUCGAUGCAUACCAAGCCGACCUAGGUAGGUAAUUGGUAGGAGGCAGGCCCCGGAAACCGACAGCCCAUCAAUGAUGACGAUAAUUCAGUGGCCCUCAAAAGCUUGGCUUGUCUUAAACCCCCGCCAAACCAUAACGGUAGCUGUUGACAGGGAUGCUGUGGGAACCAAUAACGUCAUUGUGAGCCGCCUACACUGGCGAGUGGGCUCGGGAUUGACGCAAGCCUACCUCGAAAAGCCUGUCAACCUGUCUAUCUUUUUGAUCUGAUUGCAAAGCUGCGACAAACCGACUCUGGCGUAAAAUGCCACUGGAUGGUAUAUGUGGGUAAGCGAUGCGUCACUUCUGGGCGAUUGCCGGAUGGGUAGCACAGAGAACAAUGCCACGACUUCCGGUGAAGGAAAGCAGCAUCGAAUCACUGACGUAAACUGUUGCAAGCUUGAGUGCACCGGAC